AUUUGAUCUACGCUCUUCUUACCAAGUUCGAGAAAACGCCGAUGUCUUGAAGAUCAUGCUCCCGCUGUCAAUUUUUGAAACACUUUGUUAUGCGAUAUUUUCGCUCAACGGUGGAAUUGUCAAUAUGUAUCAUGAAAAAUUCUCCACGCUGACCUAUCGGAUAGAGAUUACGGCGGCUUACAUCGUCCCCUACUACACACUGCUCUCCCCGCUAAUCCUGUCGUAUGUAAUUAGACGUGCAGAUAAACUGAGAGUGGCCCAAAUGAAGCGGAUGACAAGCAGAAAGGAUGAACAAGAGGCUUAUGCUCAUAUAUACACCCAAAUGUGGAAUCGGCCGAUCAUAAAAUAA